AUGUUACUAAGAAUACUACUAUUGACAUGCUUACUGUUAGUACUAGUGGUUAAUGCAAAUGAUGAUGAUUAUGCUCAACUAAUAAACAGAUUAUACAAUUUAUCGACGGAUAACAAUUAUUUAUAUACCAUUGAUAAUAUAGAAAAUAACUUAUAUAUACCCUCCUACGAUUCAAAUUUGCAAGAUUAUACUACAAUAGAUAAAUUAAAUACACCACCAAAUGAAUUAUUAAAUGAUAUAAUACCUUCAUUAGAACAAUAUGCUAAUUAUGGUUAUUCCGAUGCUUAUUUAAAAUUGGCUGAUUUAUAUCUAUUUGGAAAUUUUUCGUUACCUACUAAUUAUCAAAAAGCUAAAAAUUAUUAUGAAAAAUCAAUUGAAAUUCAUCCUAAUGGUCAUGGUUAUUUUAUGUUGGGUUUUAUUCAUUCUACUGGUCUUUUCGGUGAAUUUCCAAUCGAUUUGGAAAAAGGUUUAUUAUAUUAUCAAUUUGGUGUGGAAAAUGGAGAUAAAAAUGCAUUAUUAGUAAUGGCUUACAAGUUAUUUAAAGGUAUUGGAAUUCCGUCAAAUUGUAAUUUAGCAUUAUCUUAUUAUACUAGGCUAUCAAAUUUAGGUUAUAAUUGGUUAAGAGAAUGUCCUACAGGCAGAAUUAAAGAAACUGAUUAUAACAUUAGAAUUUCAGAUUUUAAUGGAGGAUUAUAUGGACCAAAGAUGAGUGAAACUGGAUCUUCAAUUGAAAUUCAAAGUAAAAUUUUUAACGACAUUAAAAAUGAGAUUGAAGAGCAACAACUUAAUGCAAAUGAUCACGAAUACAUGAAUUAUUAUUAUAAAGGUAUGGAAUAUUUUAAAGGUGAUUAUUUCGCUAAAAGCAAUUAUUCAAAAGCUUUUAAUGAAUUUCAGAAAUGUGUUGAUUUAGGAGAAGAGAUUUAUGGAGCUAGAAAUUAUGAAAAAUUAGAAACGAUUGAUAAAAUAUUUUUGUCCUAUUGUCAAGUGUCUUUAGCUAGACUUUAUUUCAAAGGUUUAGGAGUUGAUCAAGAUUAUAAUAAAGCGCAAAAAUUUUUAAAUCUUUCAACUAAAAUACUUCCAAGUGCUGAAGCUUAUGUUUAUUUAGGAAAAAUUGAGGAAGAUGGACUAAUCAAGCCAGCAAAUUAUUCAAAAGCAAUGAACUAUUAUGCUGAAGCAGUUAAAAAGAAAUCUGCAAUAGCAAAUUUAAAUAUUGCUUUAUUAUUAACCAAAUUACAUGGUGAUCCACAUAAAUCUGAACAUGGUAAAAAUAUUUAUAGUUAUAUGAAGAAUGCUGUUUAUUAUGGAAAUACUGAAGCAUUAUACCACUUAUCUGAUUAUUUUCAAAGUGGAUUAAAUAUUCAAAUCCAACAAGAUUUAGAUAUAAAAUGUUCAAACAUAGUUUAUUAUUAUCGAACUUUUAUUUCAAGAUUGACAGAUUUUUAUGCUCCACAUUUAAAAUAUGCAUUUGAUCAGUUGGUUCAAGGUAAUUUUAAGAAUUCUUUAAUUGGUUAUGCAAUUGGUGCUGAGCAAGGUUUUGAACAAGCUCAAAUAUCAACUGCGUAUUUACUAUUUCAAUUACAACCCUUACUACCUUUACCUUUUGCAUCUAAACCUAAGAUAGAAUUUUCAACCGAUAGAAUUGAACUAUGUAUGAAAUACCUUGAACGUGCUUCAAAGCAAGGAAAUAUUGAUGCAACUAUAUUAUUGGGAGACUUAUACCUCAACUUUUCAGACUAUAACAAAGCCUUUAAUUAUUAUCGAAUAGCAAGUGAUAAACAUUCGUCUCAUGGAUCAUACAAAUUGGGUGAAAUGUAUGAGUAUGGGCAUGGUGGUGAUUUAAUAAAUAACUCAAUAGAUUAUUUUCUUGCAAAGAGACAUUAUGAUAAUAGUUUGCAAUACAAGGAACGAGUAGAUUUGAGUAGAAACUAUAGACACGCAUAUAGUAAAGCUCAUAUUAAUUGGGCAUUAUUAAGAUUAAGAUUUAAAUAUUUAUUUAAUAAGAAAAAAUUCAAACAGUCAAAUGAAAAUGGUUGGCUAAAAGCAUUUAAAAAAUUAGGUAAAAAACAACAUGAAAACAAAAAACCUGUGGAGAAAAAGUUACCAUCAAGAGCUGAUGAUCAUCAUCAAGGUACUUCAUAUAAUGAUAAUUAUGUUGAAGAUUAUGAUAUUGGUGAUUAUUUAGUUAUUGCUUUGACAUUUUUAUUUUUUGUUGUAUUUUUCAUUCAAAAUGUAAUUAGACAAAUUAGAAGAAUGAGAGGUAAUAAUAGAAAUGAAAAUAAUAACGAAAAUGAGCAAAAUAACAAUAAUAAUCAAAAUUUUAAUGGUCAAUUCAAUUUUAGAAGAGGAAAUUUUGAGUUUCAUUUUUUUGCAAUUUAA